CAGCGAUCCUCAAUGCGCUCACACACUAACCUACCUGCCUUGAGUAUUAUUGCUGUACUUUACAAUGGUUUCCGCAUCCGUCAUACAACACCAGCCAUUAAAAUGUACACUUUGCGGAUACCGGGUGUAUAUAAUGAACUAUCAAGUGGAUUUGAACUAGCAGCUAUCAAAAGGGAAUCAUAUCGUGUGAAACUAACUACUAUAGAGUACAGCGUUAUCAUCUGUAAAUAUCUCUGCGAUCAUUAAAAUUCGAAGGGUCGGACUACUGGUCGACAACUUGGUGAGUUUGCUGAUUCUUCCUCGACAUUAUGGAGCGUGAGCAGCCAAAAGCUUUCGCCGACACUGAACAUAUCCACUCCGGCUAUCUUACCCUCGGUGAACAAGUGCAUAGGAAAGAUGGCACGCAGAUAUCUUUCAAGGAUAAAAACAAACGAUUCUACGUUUUGAGAUGUUUUGGCCACAAGUUUCUCACAUUGAGUGGCUACAAGAACAUCAAAGAAUAUAAAGCCCCAUCGGGGAGUCAACAUAAGACUGUGGAACAGAUUUCGGUGUCCAAAGAUGCUAAGAUUCACAGCAUGUUGAUACCCGCCAAGAAGCACAAGAACUCUCACGUGCUCGGUAUCCUCCAAGACAAAGAUAUGACGUACUUGGAGGCCGAUUCAAGUGACGAAUUAACUGCAUGGUGUAAUGCCUUCGAUGACGUCUUUAUUCGUCUGGGCUGGAAGGAGCCUCCUCCUCCUUCCCCGACCCCGCCCCCGUCACCUUUGUCCCCACCCCCUGGACUGGAAAGUCAAGAUGGCAAAGUGCCAAGCCAAAGAAGAAGGAAGCCGUUGCCUAGCAGGGGCAGCGCAUUGGACCUAUUUCAGCAGAGCCAGGAGCCUAAUCGGACACGCUUCUCCUCGCCUCCAGCAGGCAGCGCAAAUCGUAACUCUGGUGAUGAAGAGUUUGCUUUUAACUUUGAUCGGCCGAGGAGUACAGAGGCUGAAUUCAGCAAAAUCACACACUCAUACUCAGAUGGCACAGAGCAUAUCGGAUACGUUAACUUACAAAAAAACGUCAGUCCACCCGCGUGGCUUGAGAACACGCCAAUGCACCAGGAGCGCGUGGUCGACGUUUCCCAUGUUCGUUACAUCAAUCUCAGAGGGAAACAAGACCACGAGGAAUUGGUUCACCCGGGGCCCCCUCCAUCACUGCCACCGAGAGGAAACUUGCACAGAAUUAGGGGAAACACAUGCCCUGGGUUUCAUCUCACGAAUCAUGAUUCCCCGGACGAUCGGUCUCCGAGGAACUCCGGCGGGUUUGAAGACGGCAUUCGGCCCGCACGUUCGGAGAGCGUGCACACGCCGCCCGCGCCUAAGAUUAGCGUGACUGAAGCACCGCCGAUGUCGCCAUUGUUGACCAACAAGAGAUUCUUACAUCUGCAAGACGAUUCGGACGCCAUGCGUAAGGUGUCCCUACCUCAGCCGCUGAAUUUAAAGCCUCGACGCGUAGGUGUUGUUGUUCCCCCGGCUAUUUCGCCGCCCGACUCACCAGCUGCCUUACGCAAGGCCGGGUCCUACAGCAACGUGUCUCUCAAUCUAUCCAAUAGACCACUGCCUUCACCAGUUCACGGUGGUGACUCCUUCGAUGUCCACACACUGCGUUGGGAGAUUGGUCACAAGGACGGCUUCCCUGUUGUCUUGAAGAAGAGCGAGUUGGAUAAUGCAUUGGGGCUUGUGCGAAUAGCUGACUACGUGUGGGUUGCUGGUUGGAAAGCUGGGAAAUCGGAGGUAGCCAAGAAGCUUCAUGUCGGGGACCAGCUAAGGCAGAUUAAUGAGCAAAUUGUCGUGGAUCCAUCGGUCACUAAUACGCUCUUUGCAACAUCUGCUGUAGAUGAGAUCUUACUGGUCAUCAGACGCUUACCACACGCCAAAGUGCGUAACCUGCAUCGGUCGUCUGUCAAUGAAAGCUGGGGGCUGGAAGUCGAAGGCAACAGGGUGGUCAACGUCUCGAAAAGUGGACCAGCGGCUGAAGCCAAACUAACAACUCGAGCCCAGGGAGCGUUUAGUGAGAGGCUGUGUGACUGGAUCAUUACAGAGAUCGAUGGCGAACCAGUGUCUCUGCUUAGUAAGCGAGACCAGGUGAAGAAUCGAAUGGACAAUGCUGGUCUCCAGAUGGCGCUCGUGAUCCAACCCGAUGACUUCAUCAAGAGACUAAACGCAGAGCUGCAGAAGGUCAAGUUUGCUCACGAAUACUUUGUUGGAUCAAAUUGACAGGACUAAAAUCAAAUUGGUAACUGUAUGAUCGACACCUCAAAUGCUUUAGUUUCAUACACUGAUUUACUUUCAUACACGAUCGCACUAAACAAUGUCUUUUCAAAAGCCAUAAGUGUCAUUUCAAAAGCCAUAGUGACAAUUUAGGGAGGAUGAUAUCGCUUCCGAGUCGGACGAAUGACGUCUGACGUAUGAUGAAUAUGCAUGCUGAACGCACUGUACAUAGUUUGUGCCAUACACUGUCGUUAGGUUGCAUAACAGCUUAAUAAUUGAAAGCUAUUUAUUUCCGACUAUUUUCCGACUAUCCUUGCAACCUUUUUAUUUUGAAACCAUGGCAUUUAAAAAAACAAAAAAAAACAAAAAAACCAGAAAUCCAUGCCCAAAAUAUAAGCCUGGACAGGGUGACAAUCCACCAAUAGGAAAUUCAGCGCCAUGUUUGGUCUAGGACACCGUUGUUAUUUUGAUAAAAUAACAAAAGAGGGCGCUGUGCAAUCGUUCAUGAAGAUUUGGAGUUCGGAAUAAAAUGCCCUCUUUGGCAUGUUACUAUAAAAAACAUCGCAAAUGUGUAUAAUGCCAUACAUGCUCUUUCAAUAUCUGCAUAUUAUGCUGCUGCAUUUGAAUAUCGUUUUUAACUUCAAAGCAUAUAACAUCACGGCAGAAAUCAAAUAGCUUAGCAAGCAUACUUUGAGUAUUACUCGUCACUGGAUGACUUUCAAUGCAAAUUAUAGCUAAACAGUGUUACGAAUUUCAAAAUAAAUUUAAUUGCGUCAUUAAGAAUGAGAAACCGAGCGACUUAAUUCCGCGAAUAAAAUGAAAUACUAGGCAAGGACUCAGACGAGACAAACUUUAGUUCAAACUUUCAUCUUGUUAAAAUUGUUCCACUUGUUCUCGUGCCCUUCACCAGUCAUGAGGCUACACAAAGCAUACAUUGCAAGGCAAACUAAUUUCAGUUUAAUCUGAUUUAUAGGCUUUUAAUUGUAAUGCUGCACAAUUGUUGUACACUUAUUAUUCAAUAUGUUUGAACUCUGAUGAGUUAAUACUUUGUCCCUGCUAUUAUUCGGAGUAUAUAAUUACUGUAAGAGAUACGUGCCAAGUAUGUUUUUUUUUAUAAACAUUGAUUAUUGAGCAUGAAACUGCCUUGCCCACAAAUUUA